AUCAACACUUGAAGCUAUGGCUGCAGGAUUACCGCCUAUUGUCACAAAAUAUGGUCCUGCAUUAGACUUUUGUCCAGAUGAAUGUGCUUAUUAUAUAGAUGCAAAAGUCACCGAAUGUUUUAGAAAUCCUUGCGGAAAAAUGAGUGUGUUUGGAUCAAAAACUGCAAUACAACCAAUAUGGGCAGAACCGAACAUUCAAUCAUUAUCACAAAAUAUGUAUCAAGCAUAUACUAAUCGAACAGAACUUAAAAGAAAAUCUCAAACAUGUCGAAAACAUGCAGAAUAUUAUACUUGGGAUAAAGUAGCAGACAAAAUUUUUAAAAGACUAUCUCAAAUAACUCAUUGA